GAGCAGAGAGGAGCUGCACAGAUAUCACAGGCAGAGAGACAGAUACAGACAGCAACAAAGCAGCUCUGACAGCCAGAUCCCAGCCUCUGUUCGAAGACAUAAAGCAAUCUCAGUUUUAGAAGAAAAAAGAAAAAUACUCAAGCCCAGGGUUUUACACUGUAACAGCAGGUGGUUGUGGUUGUUGUUGUUGUUGUUGUUGUGCAGCCACUCGCUAUGGCUACUGAAACCUUCAGUAAACAAGAAACGAUCGAGCUCCGCAAAAAGCACAUCGGACCUUCGUGCAAGGUGUUCUUUGCAAAGGAGCCCCUCAAGAUAAUCCGAGGGAAGGGACAGUACAUGUAUGAUGAGAAUGGCGAGAGAUUCCUGGACUGCAUUAACAACGUAGCUCACGUUGGUCACAGCCACCCAGAUGUGGUGAAAGCUGCCACCAAGCAAAUGGAGCUGCUGAACACAAACUCACGGUUCCUUCACGAUAAUCUGGUUCAUUACGCCAGGCGCCUGACUGCAACCCUCCCAUCAAAGCUCUCAGUCUGCUACUUCGUAAAUUCAGGCUCUGAAGCCAAUGACCUUGCUCUGCGCCUGGCUCGUGAGUACACUGGGCACCAGGAUAUCCUAACUCUGGAUCAUGCUUACCAUGGCCACGUGACAUCUUUGAUUGACAUCAGCCCCUACAAAUUCCGUGAGCAGAGUGCAAGAGCCCAGAAAGAGUUUGUGCACAUUGCACCAUCUCCAGACACUUACAGAGGAAAGUACAGAGAGGAUCACCCUGACCCUGGAACUGCCUAUGCAGAGGAAGUGAAUGUGCUGAUUCAAGAUGCCCAAAGGAAAGGCCAUGAGAUCGCUGCGUUUAUUGCUGAAUCCAUGCAGAGUUGUGGAGGUCAAAUAAUCCCACCGCCUGGCUACUUCCAGAAAGUGGCACAGUACGUGCAUAAUGCAGGGGGAGUGUUUAUAGCUGACGAAGUCCAGGUCGGCUUCGGACGGGUCGGGAAAUCUUUCUGGGCCUUCCAGUUGCAAGGAGAAGACUUUCUACCAGACAUUGUCACCAUGGGCAAACCUAUCGGGAACGGUCACCCCAUGUCCUGUGUGGUCACAACCAGGGAGAUUGCAGAAGCAUUCCAAGCAUUGGGCGUGGAAUAUUUCAACACUUUCGGAGGUAACCCAGUCUCAUGUGCCAUUGGUCUCGCAGUCCUGGAUGUCAUUGAAAAGGAGGAUCUCUGUGGCAAUGCCACAAAAGUUGGAAAUUACCUGAUAAGCUUGCUGAAAAAACAGCAAGCAAAACACCCACUUAUUGGGGAUAUCAGAGGUAUGGGCUUGUUUAUUGGAGUUGACCUAGUUAAAGAUCUCAAGAAGAGGACACCAGCAACUGCUGAGGCACAGCACAUCAUUUACAGGCUCAAGGAACGAAAUGUGCUGCUCAGUGCAGACGGCCCCAAUCGGAACGUUCUGAAGUUCAAGCCACCAAUGUGUUUUACUAUAGAGGACGCCACGUUUGUGGUGGACAAAAUAGAUGAGAUCCUCACAGAUCUUGAGAAAGCCACUAGAAGCACCAUUCCAAAUAAAGAGCCCAGAUCAGUGGAAAACGGAGGAGUCAGUGUGAGCAAAAGAAAGAUUCCUCAUGGUGGUGCAGUGGAGUUGAGCAAUGGCUGUACAAACGGCUUACAAAGUGAAGACCGCCCCGAUAGAAACAGCAGCCAUUUCAGCAGAACAGCCUGUGGGCAGCAACAGAACUCCUGCCACACUGCCGUGUCCUGCAAAAGGAUUAGGACAUAAAGACUGCUAAAUUGAAUGGGAUUCCUUUCUUAAAAGGGGCUGUUUCACAAAAAAAUUCAACUUUGCCACUGUUAAUGGUGGGCAAGGAAGAAGUAUUAGCCACGUGCUAGCAAUGGUGAAGGGAACUUUUGCUAUUAAUCAUCACCUCAGCCCAACCCUUCCCCCAUCCCGACACAAAGCCCUGAGCUGGAGUUUCAGUUCCUUGCACAGUACAACAUAGCCCUUUUCCCACCCCACACAAGGCUCUUAGCCAGUGUUUCUGGACCUGCACUGUGCUAUCUAGUGGUGCACAGCUGUCCAUUUGAGGCAUCUUAUCCCACUCCUCUCCAUCGCACAUAACUAACAUUAUUGUACAAACGCAUUGGUGAAAGCUCUUUUCCACUGCAGUUUUUGAGGGCACUGGCCUGCUUCACGUCCCCCGCCCUGCCUGUCCCACCAUCGGUGGUUGGGGCUUCACCUUUCCUGCCCCCACCCUUUGGAAUUCCAUCCCGGAUUCCCUUCACUAACUUCCUUCAAGUUUGUCUCAGCAUCUUCCUUUUUGACUACAGCUUAAGUCAUCUUUCUCCACUCCAAUCCCCUUGCCCCUCCCCUCCCAAAACUGACCCCCCAUCUUGGGUACAAAACUCGACUAUCCAGCUCCUUGGGACAUCCUCCUAAUGUAAAAGGCUAUAUAAAUGCAAUUUGUUGUUAUUAUUUGUUUGCCCACAAAACGUAGUCACUCAAUGCAGUGAAGUGCUUUGGGAAGUCUUGAAAGGCGUUGAACCUUUCAUGUAAGGAUGUGAAAAUGUAUGGAUUAUUAAGGAAUAUGAGGUAACAUAAGAGGUAACUGGACAACCAUUUACACUCUCUUCUGGCCUCACUCCCCCACCUCCCCGCGGUGGUGUUAGUGAACAGUCAAGUCAGCUGGACCCUAUGCACAUUAACAAUUGUCAGCAUUAGUGUUAAAUGUCUCAACUACCUCCUUUAGGAUUACUGUAACAUCAACUAUUAAGAUAUUGCUGCAGGAUGUGGUUUAUUCCCUUAACUGUGGGAAAUCUAGUCAGAGAAACUUGAAAUAAUUCAGUUUGUAGAGUGUGGUUUAAUUCCAGAGUACUGUACUGUCUUAUUGUAAUUCAGAACAAAAAGUGCUACACAUGAAAUAAUUUUACAUACAGAUUGAACUGUUCACCUCAAUUCAGAUUAGUAGUUUCUCAUUGUACUUUUAUUUCCGUCUGUUCAUUCUUGAUGGAAAUAACAUUUGUUUUCAACUUGGUGUAUAUUUUCUUGACAUGGUGCUAUACUAUGGUAAAAAAUACUUGUAAAUUCUUUUCUUUCAUCAUUUGUACAUAUAAGCAAUAAAACAUGAACUUUAA